CACUUUUGCGUCAUCCCGCCAUUUGAUCUAACGCCGAGGACUUUCUCGGCGGCUCUCGAUUCCAACCUCUUAUUACGGGUCCAACACACAGAAGUUCAAUCGCUGGCCCAUCUGGAACUGGGAGAGUCAUCUACUGCACUGGUCAGGUGUAUAUGGCACCGACAAAGGUAUCAGGAAACACAAAAUAUCACAGACACUGCAAUCACUCGCAUUGAGCAGUUGCAUCCUGUUCCCUGGGAGGCGUGGCCCUUUGCGAAAACCGGUCUAGAAUCUAUCUUUGACACAACAGACCAACCUAAGGUCGUCGUUUAA